CUUUAGUAGGAAAAAUUAAUUCAAAAUAUUUCAACAUUCUCGACAGACAUCGAUGUCGUUAUUCUACCUACACAAACACUUGGAUAUUUUUUAUGAUUUUUCUUUAAUAAAAAUAGAAGUCAGAGAUAUGAAACGAUAGUAAUUCAUUAAAUAGAAUGGACGGCAGGCUUAAUCUCAGGUUUCUGCGUCCAUAUCUCGUUUUAUCGCCGUCACCCAAAACGGCAGCAUAUGCGCGGUUCUUCUCAGUAAGCUGCCACAAGCCCCGACAGGCACGCCAUAUACCUAGAUUCUGCUUGCAGAAUUCAUCAUGUAGCAGAAGCAUACAUGGCUCUGCUGCUCAAGACGUCACAUAUACCAAUCAUGACAUAUCACCAUCACAGAAUGACGCAUCAUCAUUAUCUCGUCGUCCGAUCACGGAUAGUAAUAGAAUCCAAAAGCUGAAGAACUACCAUGCCCUUCAGUACCCAAGGCUUAAAUCUUCGCCAAUCCGAAUAAGUGUUCCUACUUUUCGGAAACGGUACCAGGAUGUGGCCGGUACGCCAAUCCCAGAAGACCCAGAAGAGGUUGUUCUGGAGGGUCGUGUCAUGUCAGUCAGGCGAUCUGGGCCCAAGUUAGUCUUUCUCACAAUUAUGGGCGGAUAUCAACAAGUUCAGAUUAUGAUUAGUCUCAGCCAGCUUUCCGAUCCAAAGCCAGAACCUCGGGAGUUCAGGGAAGCUCUUCACCCAUUUAUCCGUGGUGACGUGGUCUCUGUCAAAGGCACAGCAAUGCGUACCACGGCUGGUGAGCUGACACUGAAAGCAGCUGAGCUUCCUACUCUCAUAAGCCCGAGCUUAACACCACUCCCCGAAGAGCUGAUUAACCGGGAAACCAUGCUCCUGAAAAGGCAUGUUGAUCUUCUCGUCAAUCGGCCGGCACUAGACACAUUUCGACUUCGCUCACAUAUCAUUAAAUAUAUGAGAGACUUCUUUCACGAGAAGGAUUUCCUAGAAGUUCAAACACCUGUCCUAGCAGACUACGCUAGUGGAGCAACAGCUCGACCAUUUCUAACCUCCGCCACUGAAUUUCCCCAUAAAGAGCUAGCGUUGCGAAUCGCACCUGAGCUAUGGCUGAAACGCCUAGUUAUUGGUGGCAACGAUAAAGUCUUCGAAAUUGGGACCUGCUUUCGUAAUGAAGGCAUCGAUACUUCCCAUAACCCAGAAUUCACUAUGUGCGAGUUUUACGCCGCAUACUCUAACCUCAGCGACUUGAUAUUGCUUACCGAAAACUUAAUAACUCGACUCUUCAAGCAUGUCGAACACCUUCAACAAAGCCAGCUCGAGUCUCUGGAGAAGCCUAAAAUCAAUCUUCCUGGGACGAAUUGGAAUCAAAUUGAAUUUAUACCCGCAUUAGAGAAGAUUCUUGAUAUUCGAUUUCCAGAUCUCUCGGAACCUGACGCGCUGCCCAAAAUCUUAGAACUCCUGAAUGAUCGAGCUAGUUUUGCACAUGGGCGAGAGUUGACGCUACCUAAAUUCUUAGAUGAGCUUGCAAGCAAAUACCUAGAGGUCUCGUCUCACGAGCAGCCUCUUUUUAUUAUUCAUCACCCUGCUUGCAUGUCACCUCUCUCCAAAUCCUUCACCUGUCCCAAGACUGGCCAGCUCGUAUCCGCUCGUGCUGAGCUAUUCAUAGAUGGACGUGAAAUAGCAAACAUGUACGAGGAAGAGAAUGAUCCUUACGAGCAACGACGGAAAUUUGAGCUUCAACUAGAAUCGCAGCAGGACAACCCAACGUCAGAAAAAGAAGGGCCCGGCGAAGUUGACGAGAGUUAUGUGCAAGCCUUAAUGCACGGAUUACCACCAACAGGGGGGUGGGGCUGUGGCGUAGACAGGCUGGUCAUGCUAUUCUCCGGGGCGCCCAGGAUAGGACAAGUCCUCGGUUUUGGUACCCUAAGAAAUGUUGUCUCGAUACACCAACAGGCGAAAGAUGCUUGAUCGCUUAGGAUAAAGGAAGAAAUGUAUUAGUAGGCACCUAUCAGGUGGCCGGAGAGAUGAUACCCAUUAGUCGAUGAAGUUAUGCCAUUGCCAUACAACUUGUCUUGGCGUAUCUUCCUAAGAGAAACAAUUCCCAAUACAUAAAAAAUGCGUUUUCAUGACGAGACAAAGCUUGAAGAGAAUGUAUCCCGUAUCUCUCUCUUCAAGGUAAGUAAUUGUUUAUUUAUAGCCUGGAAAGAUGUUUCCCGCCCCUUGAUUAUCACAGGUUGGUUGUCAUCGUCUCCAGCGAGCCUUUUGACGCCAGCGAGGAAAAGGGGUGUAGGGGGUUUCAAUACAAAGCGUCAAGGCCAUCAGUUUCCGGUUUUACGCCGUACAAGUCUCAUAAUUUGGGACCGUAGAGGAUGGUUGUCGAAGUGUAGCAAUAAAUUAUG